AUGCAGACGCAGCAAGCGUCAGCACUCGGCACUCCCGACUCGGCUUCGUCGCGCGCCGCCACACCCGAGCUGUCCGCAAACCAGCAGAAGCGUCAGGCAUCGCUCCUCUCAGCGCAAACAGCGCCAGCCUCGCCUGCACUCCGAGCCACGCUCGAUGCCGACGCUGGUGUCAAGCCAAUGUCGGCAUCGGACACAGCGCUGGCAACGCCCAUCUCGGACGCUGCGUAUGUUGCUCCCCCCAUCCCGUCGAGCUUCAAGACUUCGUUCGCCGCUUGGUGGAAAGCAAACCCCGUCGAGGACGCCGCGCAAGCCGAGCUCCACCUGUAUCGCUCUACUGGCUACUUUGAAGGCGCCACGGUCAACAAUGUCGUGUGCGAAGACGAGGAGCUGCGCGACGGAAAGGGCCUUGCCAAAGGACUCGAAUCGGCUCGCAGGGCUGCCAGCGCCAGCUCACAUCAAGCGUCUUCGUCGUCGACCAACCCAGCGCACUCCUCGGCCGGCUCUCUCUUUUCGACGCACAAGUUCUGGCCUUUCCAUAGAUCCAAGGAGCCGUCGACGAUGACCAUCGGCCUGACUCCCGCUGCCGAUGGCAAGGUCGGCUGCAUCCGUCUUGUCGAUAUUGGUUCUGCUCCCAACGUUGGCGAUGCGAGAUCAGCCUCGCGCCCCACCUCGCUCACCUCGUCGCCGGCCAUGGCUCCUUCGUCGACGGAAGGCCUGCCUGCACCCGAGGCAUCUACGCUGGGCGAACCGGUGCUCAACGACAACCUCGAAUCUCACCAGAUCGCGUCGCAGGACCACAUCAAGCCGUAUAUGCCGCCAUCGGGUCGCAAACUCAACAUGCUCGAGAUCGGCAUUCCUUACUCCAAGGACAAGGAGGAGCAGAUCAAGAACGAGACCAAGAUCGUGCUCGCCCACGGCUACGGCGCUGGUAGCGCCUUCUUCUUUCAAAACAUCAAGUCGAUGGCGGAAGUGCCCAACUCGCGGCUGUACGUGCUCGACUGGCUCGGCAUGGGUCGGUCGUCGCGCCCCACCUUCCACAUCCCGUCGUCCGAGACCAAGAGCACCGACUCGCGCGUCGCCGCCGCCGAGAGCUUCUUCAUCAGCAGCCUCGAAGACUGGCGACGCAAGAUGGGCCUCGAAAAGAUGGUGCUCGUGGGCCACAGCCUGGGCGGCUACCUGUCGUUAGCGUAUGCGCUGCGCUACCCAUCGCGCGUCGAGCGUCUGGUGCUCGUCAGUCCGGUCGGCAUUCCCAACGCGCCGCCCGAAGACGAGCCGGGCAGCACGUUCCGGCCCAAGAACGGAUCUGCAGUGGAGCAGGAGGUGCGUCAGCCGCAGGAAGACGUGGCGCCGCAGAACGCGAGGCAGGAGCUCAAGGACACGCAGAUGGCCAACGAGAUGGCCAAGAAGGCGGCGCGGAACCGUGCCGGCAACGUGAUCCAGGGCAAGGGCAGUGAUGCUGCUUCCGCGCCGCGGCCGUUGGAACGCUCGGAGACGGCGCAAAGCGUCGAUUCGGCCAAGGUGCCACGCUCGGGACAGUCGAACGAGCCGGAAAAGGGAUCGCACGAGCCGCCGCGCAUCUCGAAGCGGGUACGAUCGGUGUUUAGCUUCCUAUGGGAGCAGAACGUGUCGCCAUUCGGUAUCUUACGCAGCUCGUUGUUCUUUGGGCCCAUGCUGGCUGGGCGUUAUACGUCAAGGCGAUUCGGAGCGCUGCCGGAAGACGAGCUGCGGUCGCUGCACGCGUACUGCCAGAGCAUUUUCCUAAGCAAAGGCUCGGGCGAGUACUGCCUUGCGCAUAUUCUGGCGCCGGGCGCGUAUGCGCGUCGACCCAUGGUGGAGCGCAUCGAGCGGCUCAAGAUGCCGAUGAGCUUCCUGUACGGCGAGCACGACUGGAUGGACGUUCGCGGCGGCAAGGAGGCGGUCAAGCGGCUGCGCAAGCAGGGCAACGCCCAGACCAACUGUUUUGUCGUGCCCAACAGCGGCCACCACAUCUACCUCGACAAUCCGAGCCCCUACAACUCGCUCAUUGCGAGGAUCCUGCGCGGCCAGGCCGAUGCCUCUUUCGCCGGCAUCAAGGAAGAAGGCUUCGGCAACCAACUCCUUCCGGAAAGUGGCUUGGCAAGCAGCGGCGUCCCUCGUCCGAGCCGUGCAUCUCCGCUUGGCGCUCAGCAGCUGAUCCGAGUGGCCAACUUUGCUGCUGCUGCAGUCGCAUCCGUCCCGGUCGGGGCAUCUCCGUUGGCCGGUGCUCCGCUCUUCCGGCUAACCACCAUCAGCGCGGCCACCUCGACGGCCAUCUCCACGACCACCAUCAUCGCUGCAGCAGCAACAGCAUCAUCGCGCGACGCUCGCUCGCUCGCCGCCGACUCCAAAAGUCCGCGCAGCACUCUUCUCGUGGCUGUCACGCAUCCUUCGGCGGUGCACCCGCACCCGCACCCGCACCCGCAUCGCAUCAACCACGCCGCUCAAGCGCGCUCACGAUCCAAUAACAACGACAGCCCGCUCGUUCCACCAUCGCUGCAGCCAUGA